GGUCCCGCGCACAGCGCAGCUCACACCGAUCGGCCGUCCGCUGCCUUCAGUCCGCGCCGCCGAACGCGACACGCCGACGCUCGCGCAACGCAGUCGCGUCUCGACCUUCCGCACAGCCGACACCCGGACCGCGACAGUUCGGAACUGCCACCGUCACUGACCGCGUAGUGCCAAAAUUACAGCACCUUACCAAUUAAUUUUGGUCCGUGAACUAAUCCUUGAGGGACCCAUUUUAUUUCCUCCGUUUCUCAUAUCGCAACCAAACUCGAUUUUAGAAUAAGUUUUGCUGUGUGACGAAUCUUCGUUUACUGUACUAUACCGAAUUUUUUGAGCUAUCGUGACUACAAAUUACCCCCAACACCUUGUAAACAAAGCAGCCAGUACUUGCGGCAAGACUGUACUGCUCCCUCCCCGCUCGCGAGUGACAGUUAGCAAUAUGCGGGGCAACAUGUUGUGGUGUCUCCUCUUCCUGGUGGGGGCGGUUACCGGCCGUCUGUCUCCGCUCGACGAGUUCAUGAAAACACGCUUCGCGACGACGUCCGUGCCAGAAGCGCACCGCUCCACUACCGAAGAGCCCCCGGCACACAACUACUGGGACAAACAGGACAGCUCGUACGAAGACGAUUACUACAACGCCGGGGACGAGGGUACAGUAGCCGGCCACCGGUCGCAGGAAGCCGCCGACUCGUCGGAAGAAUCGGACGAUUACGACGAGGAUAAAUAUAAUGAAGACAAGUACCACGAAGAGGAUAGCGAUGAGGAGGAAGAUGAGGAGGAGGAGGAGGGGAAGGGGUACGGGCCGCAGCAGCUGGGGUCGCGCCGGCGACACGGCGGUCACGGCCAGCGUGGCCACGCCUCCCACCAUGACCCUAUGGACGACUACCUGGUCGAGGACGUCCGUGCCGGAGGAGACGCCGGCGACGACUUUGACGACGACGACGACGACGAGGAGGACGGCGACGUAUCGUCCGAGAGCGACGAGUCGCUGCAGGAGGAAGAUGCAGCAAAAGAUGCUGACGAGAAACAUCUGGAAGAAGACAGCAGGGAGCACGUGCAGAACGACGACAACUCGGCAAGGGGCGGCGGCUACCCCACGUCGUCGUACAGCGAGCACAAGUGGAACACGCUGGGCAGCCGGAAGGCCAUCGAGACGUACCGCAAAUCCCGGCCCGACUCCCGCAUCAACAUCACCUUCAGGAACAAAGAGAACGAGGUGCGGCUGGCGGUGGAGAACGCGCUCCGCGUGAACCGCGAACACGAGUGCCGGUGGCCGGUGCCGCGGCUGGUGCGCGUCAAGGACGUGUUCCCGCAGCCCAACAAGCGCUACAUCCCGCACUGCGCGUCGCUGCACCAGUGCGCCGACGACACCGGCUGCUGCCAUUCCGACACGCUCGCCUGCGUGCCCGCCAAGACGCACCCCGUCUCCCUCUACUUCUACUCGACGACGCUGGGCUCCGGCGCGGGCUACGUGGUGGAGAAGCUGACCUUCUACAACCACACCGAGUGCCGGUGCGAGGACAAGCUGGACGCCCAGAUGCCGCGGGACAUGGCGCUGCCGCUGCACACGUCGCGGCUGCAGCCGCCGGAGAACAGGCGCAGUGUGCUGGGCUCGUGCCGCUGCCCCGCGCACUUUGCUGCCCGCCGUCUCAGCGCCGGCGCCGUCUGCCUCUGCGAGUGCUUCGGCGCCCACCACUACUGCCUGCGCCAGCGCCGCGGCAAGGAGUACUUCUCGCAGGCCGACAAGCAUUGUAUCCAGAGUGGGGAGUGCGCGCUGCCCGGCUGCGAGUACGGCCAGUACCUGCGCAAGGCGGGGCGGUGUCCGCGCAAGAGGGAGCGCCUGAGCGCCUGGAACGCGAUGCACCACCGGCUGUACAACCACUAGGGGCCGCCGUCGCCGGCUGACGCCUCCGCCGAAGAGGUGGGACCAACCACAGGCCGAGCCGGAGACGCUGCCGUGCGCGUGCGGCUCUGCCCGGUGCUCCCACGGACACGAGAAGCUACUUAGCUGCGCAUCUGCCUCACCAUCCCGCCUGCCUACUGCAAGAUGACGGCACCUACCACCGAGAUACGCGGUGUAAUAAGUGGGCAACGUCACAGAGCAGACGCCCAUUUCCAAGUCAGAGACGAGCGUAAAAUUUUUAAACCGUUUACAGAGACCAUCGACAUGUAUUUUAUUGAUCUACAAAUUUCUUAAAUAGCCAGCAGAAAUGAGGUGCUCAAGUGAGGAUGUACUGUUUCUCCUAGGAUAGUAUCUGUCUCAGAGUCUGCAUUAUCGAGCGCUGUUUUAGUAACAACAGCACACAAGGAACAUCAAAAUACCUUCCGGAAGUAAUUCAAUCUCUUCCUUAACAAAGAAUCACAAUUAUUUUCCACCAAUGAGAAUCCAAUAUCACUCUUUUUUAAACAGAAUGCUUCAUAAUCCAACGACUAUUUCUACUCGCUGUACCAGAGACCGACGAGCUAAAAAUAUUCUAUGUUUUGCGUAAUUAUUCUCGGUUAUAUAUAGCCCAUCAGAGAAGUGCUUUGACUAAUAGUUCAAAGACUCCAGCUCACAAUUUCCUGGAGCUCAGUUAUAGUCAUUUGUUACAUUCUCGAAACGCUUAGUACUCUAGCAUUGUCUUAGCUUGUGACUUAGAACGUAGAAUGCAAAUUGUGCGAGUGGAAAAGCUCAACGUAAAGUGCUUGUGUGAGCGAAACUUUUUUUUUCCGAAAGUGCAUUUUUUUUAGGAGGAACGUAACGCUGUUCCAUGAACAAGACACAUUGUGAUAUAGUACUUAAUUCUUAGUUUCUGCGUGUGUAAGUGUGCUUGUGAAUGUGUGUGUAGUGGAAGAAGGAAGCUGUGUGAAAUAGCAACCCACACGGCUUCUCAGUAAUAUUUACUAGUCUUUUAUAUGGUUUUUAGGCUUCAAGUUGUAGGUGAUACAGCCAUUUAUUUAAAUACCUCAGUUCUCUAGAUUUGUAGCUUUUAGGAAAGCAUACUUUUUCGUUUGUUGAAAUACUAAAGCAGCUUACCGUAACCGCUAGUCUAACACAGUUUCACAAAGGUGCUGUAAACCAUACGUUAUACGGCACUUGCAAAGAGCUUACCUAAAUUAUAUCACUACCAAAAACCGAUCGAGGAAAAAAAAUUGCUGCUGUGUGAAAAUAUGGUGCCAUUAUUGCAAUAAUCAUAGAUGUAUUAACACUUUAUAUUACCAUAUAUGUAAUUAACCCUUGUACAAAGCACAGUUUUGUAUAUCACUAUGCAUUUAUAGAGGACAGAUUAACAAGUCAAUUCAACACAUCGUAAGUUAUAACAAAAAAAUCUAUGAUACUUAACAAUUAAGCUUACAAUUAUUAACGUAUCACUAUUUACAGAGAAAGAGAAAAUUUGAUGACGAAAAUGUAAACAAUAACACAGUAAUACAAACGUAAUACAGAACAGAAGUGGCCAGUGCCAGUAAUGGAAAACUACCUCAAAAAUAUUUGCAUAGAUCCAGUUUCAUAAGAUUAUUCAAACUCUCAGCUCGUGCAGAUUUAUUUUUAAUGCUACUCACCUUUAAGGUGAGGGGUAGAAACCAGUUAGGCCUGGUAUUGCUACGAAACAUGUAUGGAGAUUAAUUACAUGUAGACUGCUGCAGGAAAGAGAUCUAUUAGCAUCUUAGAUCUCAUACUUCUUUUUAUAUAUGUAAAAACAAAAAUUUACAAGUUUUUCUACAUAUUUAUAGGCUUGGUUUAUAUAUAUAUAUAAAAUCCGAACGAGAUAUGAAAUCAAAAUAAAUGAACAUUAAAAAAUACCAAAACAUUUUUAUCGUCUGUAAGAAGUUUCAGUUUAAGCAAUUACAUUAUUUUAAAUUUGUACUGUUUGUUGUAAUCAG